GUUGUGUCGUUUCAGCAAAAAUUAAAACAUGGCUACGAAUUACAUUUGCGUUGAUUUGUGAUCCGUCAAAUAAUAAACUUAACCCUAUACAUUGGUGAAUUAAGGUAUUCUAACCUAAGUUUAACAAUUUUUAAAUUAAUUUGUGACUAAAUAGACAUACAUAUUUUUACGGUGAACUAAAAUAUUAAAUUUCUUUUCUUCGUGAGUACAAAAUGGCGGCUUACGGUGCAAUUGAAUGAUUCGAGUAUAAAAUUCAAAAGUGGUUUUAACUAACUUUGGGUAAAUAUUUAGUUGUUUUAACGUUAUGGUGACAUCGAGGGAUGUUUAUACUAUUUAUUCAAUUGUUUUAAAAGUAAUUUUUUAGCAGAAAAGUCUAAAAAUCAGAAAAAUUCAGCAACAAAAUACAAGAGAUGGAAGGCUCAGAGUCGGAAAAUUCAGCUUCUGGUUCCGGUUCAGAAAAUGAGAGCAAAAGUGAUUCCAGUAACAACUCUGGAAGCGCUUCUGGUAGUUCUUCUUCGGACGGUUCCGAUACAGGCGAAGAAACUGUAGAAAAUGGAUCGGCCAAUAAAAGUAGUAGUAAAAGUGACGGAGAAGAAGUACUUGAAGAAAGUAACGGGUGUAGCCAAGAUUCAAACUCUAUACCUCCUGCUAGUCCAGAUAGUUCGAGUAAAUUCGAUACUACCAAAGAUUUAAGUUCUGAUAGGAGUUCGGAUCCCUCUAGCAUCAGACGAUCAGUUAGGUCGCGAAGAGAGCCGGAAAGACUUCAGAGUAAAGACAGUGAUAGGGCUUCGAGUGAUAAAAGCAACAAAAGUGCUGAAGAUUGGAAAUACAAUGACGCUAGUUCGUCAGAGUCUGAACCAGAAGUAAAAGAACGCCCCCCACCUAGUAAACGCGUAGGUGCCAGAGCGCGAACGACUGUGAUAAAAAAGAAAAAGUCCAAGAAAAGAAGCCAAUACAGUUCAGAAGAUGAGGAAACGAGCGACGAAAGCGAUGAGGAUAGUAGGAGAGCUGUGUCCAGAAGGAAGGCUACUACAGUUAGUUACAAGGAAGAAAGUGAGGAUGAGAAAACGGAUUCCGAGGAUUUGCUAGAAGUUGAUAAUAAUGAACCGGUAGAACCUGUCCCGGAAGAAAAAUGUGAAACAAUAGAAAGAAUUUUGGCAACGAGAAGAGGAAAAAUUGGAGUUACCGGAAACAUUACUACAGUCUACUAUGUAGAAGAAAAUGGUGAUCCGAAUGAAGGAGUUGAUGAAAAGGAUUUAGAUAGUACAGAAGAUCAGUAUCUAAUCAAAUGGAAAGAUUGGGCUCAUAUUCACAACACAUGGGAAUCAGACAAAAGUUUACGAGAACAGAAAGUAAAGGGGAUGAAAAAAUUGGAAAAUUAUAUCAAAAAAGAAGUCGAAAUUCAACAGUGGCUUAAAUAUUCUACUCCUGAGGAUGUGGAAUAUUAUGAAUGUCAAAUGGAGUUAUCUCAGGAUCUUUUGAAGAGUUUCAACGAGGUCGAGAGGAUAAUAGCAAAGUACAAUAAGCCUGAUGGGGGUAAAGAUUAUUAUAUUAAAUGGCAAAGUCUUCCAUAUGCUGAAUCGACUUGGGAAGAUUCAGUUCUAAUUCAACGAAAAUGGCCUGACCAAAUAAAUGAAUUCGAAGCUAGGGAGCAAUCAAGUAUGACCCCAACGAGACACUGUAAAGUACUCAAACAUAGACCCAAAUUCCACGAAGUCAAGACCCAGCCUGAAUAUAUGAUGGGCAAAGAACAGACUUUGAUACUGCGUGAUUACCAAAUACAUGGUCUCAACUGGAUGAUACAUUCCUGGUCAAAAGAAAACUCUGUUAUAUUAGCAGACGAGAUGGGGCUCGGUAAAACGAUUCAGACAAUUUGCUUUCUAUACUAUCUCUUCAAUACGCACCACCUCCACGGACCAUUUUUGUGUGUUGUGCCCCUUUCUACAAUGACGUCGUGGCAGAGGGAAAUGACACAGUGGGCACCCGACUUGAACUUUGUCACAUACUUGGGAGAUGUUCAGUCCAGAGAUACGAUUCGCCAAUAUGAAUGGUGCUUUGAAGGGUCAAAAAGGCUAAAGUUCAAUGCAAUUCUCACAACGUAUGAAAUUGUUUUGAAGGAUAAAGCAUUUUUAGGAAGUCUCAGCUGGGCUGUGUUACUAGUAGAUGAAGCUCACAGGUUGAAAAACGAUGAUUCUUUGUUGUACAAAGCUUUAAUGGAAUUUGACACUAACCACAGGCUUCUUAUUACUGGUACUCCUUUACAAAAUAGUUUAAAAGAACUUUGGGCGCUGCUACAUUUUAUCAUGCCCGCUAAGUUUGAAACAUGGGACGAAUUCAAAAGAGAACACGAAAACACCACAAACUCCACAAACUAUACCAAACUCCACAAACAACUUGAACCGUUUAUUUUAAGACGGGUAAAGAAAGAUGUAGAAAAAUCUCUCCCCGCUAAAGUAGAACAAAUUCUUAGGGUAGAGAUGACGUCUAUCCAGAAACAAUACUAUAAGUGGAUAUUAACAAAAAAUUAUAAUGCCUUGAGAAGAGGAGUCAAAGGAUCCACAACAACCUUCUUAAAUAUUGUGAUAGAACUGAAGAAAUGUUGUAACCAUUCGUCUUUGAUCAAGCCCCCAGAUAUUGAAACACAAUACAAUCAACACGACGUUCUGCAGCAACUUCUCAGAGGUUCGGGAAAAUUAGUGCUUCUGGAUAAAUUGCUUAUCCGUUUGCGCAAUACUGGCCAUAGAGUACUAAUCUUCUCGCAGAUGGUCCGGAUGUUGGACAUUCUUGCCGAAUAUUUGCAGCUUCGACAUUUCCCGUUUCAGAGGCUAGAUGGUGGCAUCAAGGGAGAGCUGCGACGUCAAGCCUUAGAUCAUUUCAAUGCUGAAGGGUCUCAAGAUUUUUGCUUCCUUCUUUCAACUCGCGCAGGGGGCUUGGGCAUUAAUUUAGCUACUGCUGAUACUGUGAUAAUUUUUGAUUCGGACUGGAAUCCUCAAAACGAUCUUCAAGCGCAGGCAAGAGCUCAUAGGAUCGGUCAAAAGAACCAAGUCAACAUUUAUAGGUUAGUUACUGCUAGAUCUGUAGAGGAAGAAAUUGUAGAAAGGGCAAAACAAAAAAUGGUACUGGAUCAUCUUGUAAUUCAGAGAAUGGACACGACGGGAAGAACCGUUUUGGACAAAAAGGGGUCUUCUAAUAAUAAUCCGUUUAACAAAGAAGAUCUGACGGCGAUUUUGAAAUUUGGAGCUGAGGAAUUAUUUAAAGAUGAAGAUGACGAUGAGGAACCAAACUGUGAUAUUGACGAAAUUCUUCGACGAGCUGAGACCAGAGAUGAAGCUCCUUCAUUGGUUGGAGAUGAACUACUUUCGGCAUUUAAAGUAGCAAGUUUCGCCGCUUUUGACGAAGAUGCCGAGCCCUCACCAGUCAACAAUGUUGUUAACGACGAUGAAAGUAAAGACUGGGAUGAAAUUAUUCCAGAAAAACUUCGUAUCAAGGCAGAGGAAGAGGAAAAGAACAAGGAAAUGGAAGAUCUUUAUCUUCCUCCGCGAAGUCGAAAAACUCUUCAACAGAUUAAUCAAUCUGAAAGUGACGGGGAAGAAGGCAAAGGUAGGAAGAAAACGAAGAAAGAUGGAGAUGAAUCGGGAGGUUCCAGUGGCGAUGAUGACACUGACGAGGAAAAACCUAAAAAACGAGGAAGGCCACCAGCAAACCCCAGAGAAAAGUUCAAGAACUUCACUGAUGCUGAGAUUAGAAGGUUUAUAAAAAGUUAUAAGAAAUUUAGUGGACCCUUAAAGCGAUUAGAGGCAGUUGCUUGUGAUGCUGAAUUGCAAGAAAAACCAUUAGCUGAGUUACGGAAAUUGGGAGAACUUCUUCAUGAGAGGUGCAGGGCAUUUAUGAAUGAACAAGCUAAAGAAAAUACAGAGUCUAACACUCAAGACGAACCCAAAGGUCGCAAAAGAGGACCAUCGUUUAAAAUUGGAGGAGUGUCUGUAAAUGCCAAAACGAUGAUGGCUUGUGAGGAAGAGUUAGAACCAUUAGAUGAAGUCAUUCCAGCUGAUCCAAAUGAACGAUUACGUUGGGUUUUUGAUGUAAAAACGAAGUCGUCUCACUUUGAUGUGGACUGGGGUAUGGAAGAGGACACUAAGUUAUUGAAAGGAAUUUAUCACUAUGGUCUUGGCUCAUGGGAGCAAAUAAAAUUGGAUCCAUUAUUAGGCAUUGGUGAUAAAAUUUUCCUUAAUAAUGAAGAUAAAAAGCCGCAGGCUAAACAUCUUUUAUCAAGAGCAGAAUACUUAUUAAAGAUUAUGAAAAAGCAAUUAGAUCUAAAGAAGGGGGUUCAAAAACCAAAAAGACAGAGGAAAAAAGAACAAAAAGUUCUUACUAAGGAAAUUAUUGAUGACGAUGAAAGCUCAAAUGAUGUUUCAUCAUUACCAAGUUCCGCUCCAGUUACAGUAUCAGUAGCUCCGGUUGUUAAAAAGGUAAAGAAAGAAGUGAAAAAAGAAAAGGAGGAUAAAGAAGAAUCCUCGCCCGAGAAAAAGGAAAAAAAGAAGGAUAAGAAAAAAGAGAAAAAGACGUCUGGUCCAAUGCAUUUCUCUACAAAUGAACCUGUUGCCUUAAACGUUUUGGGUGAUCUAGACCCUUUGAUAUUUAAUGAAUGUAAAGAAAAAAUGAGACCAGUCAAAAAAGCUUUGAAAGCGUUGGACAAUCCUGACGAAUCUUUGCCCGAGGCGGAACAAGUCCAGCAUACACGAGACUGUUUACUUCAAAUUGGCGAGCAGAUUAACACCUGCCUUUUAAAAUACACCGAUCCAGAGAAGAUCAAGGAGUGGAGAAGCAACCUGUGGUAUUUUGUAUCAAAGUUCACGGAGUACGAUGCUAAAAAACUGUACAAAUUAUACAAGAAAGCUUGUAAGAAAACGGACAAAAUAGAGACUAAAAAGGAGAAAAAGGCGGAGAAAAGAGCAGAGCAUUUAGAAAAGGAAAGAGAAGAGACUGCAUCUACUAGCGCUGAUAAAGUUAAAAAAAUUAAAAUACCAAGGACGGAAAAGAAAGACGCAAAAGAACACAAAAGAAAACAUGAUAGUGAUAGUGAAGAAUCGCCGAAAAAACAUCGUUCUGAAAAGAAAGAACGACGGGCAAAGGAGAAAAAAAGAAGUAGAGAUGAAACGAGCGAGGAUGAUCAAGAAUACCGUUUUAAUAGACAUAGAAAACCUGGAAAUUAUAGGCAUGAUCAACACGCCCCACAGGAUAGAUGGAGUGGUGGUCAACAAGAAAGGUUUUCUGGUGACCAUAAGAGGCAACAAGACUAUCAUAGAGGUGCAGGGUUUCAUAGAGACCGGGAUUAUCAACGAUAUGAUAAAGGCUCCCCAGAAAAGAAUAAUGAUUGGAGACAAUAUCCUCGUGGCAGAGAAAUAAUGCCUCCAAUGCCCGGAGGGCAACCUAUGGGAAUGGGGGGUGGUUAUUAUCCUCCAAAUUAUAAUCAAGGACAGGGCUAUGCACCUGAGCAGCCCUUUCCUCCUAGGGAUCGAUUUCCAUUGGGCGAUUGGCGACCACCCGAUCGUGGGGGAUAUAGAUACGACAGACGCCAGCAAUAGUUUUACUUAAGUUGUAGUGCCAUUUCAUGUAAACUCACUAUAAUUAUCUAUUAAUUUCUAUUAAUUGCUCUGCAAUGAAAAUUGUACCAUUUUUGUUGAUUUUAUUUUAAGAAUGUUCUUCGGCAGAUAUGAAUAGAAAAGGCUACUAAAUACGUGGUGCUUGCUAUUUAUAGUUAUAAACACAAAUGUGAUAAUGAAACGUAGAAAAUACAAUAUAAUCGAGAAAAUUAUAAAUUAAUCGGUUUUGCAAAAUAAUGUGUUAAAAUGCGAGCUCAGAUGUCCUAGUUCUGAAUUUAUUGAAAUUAAUUUAAUCUUAUUUAAUUACUCAAAUAUGUGGUACACACAAGUGGGAAAGUCUGGGCGAUAUGCACAAUGUUCAAAUAGUUUUCAGUCCAGGGAUUCUAAUUUUUCUGCAAUAAAAUGUGACUAUCUAGCGUUAGUAAACGAAUAUUAAUUGAUAAUAAUAUAGUCUUUCUUCUUUUUGACAUAUUAACGGCAUUUUUUAAGGAAGAAUCUUAAGGCAUGUAGCAACUAUGUUCGCGCUCCUGCAACUGAUGCGGUGGCGGUUUAUAUGUAGAGGAGCGCGUGCCGUAUCCAUUGGAGCAGUUGCAGGGAGCGCGAAGCGCGUAUAUCCAUUUCUGUGGACAAUACUAGUUUUUCUCCAUUCAAAUACGAUCCAAAUGCUUUUGACUCCAUUCUAGAUGAGUGAGUAAAUGUUAAGAAUUCACAUUGCCGAUAAUUUUCAGUAAGCACACAUAUAUCAAGUAUAGAGGUUUUUCAAUUGUAAUGCACAAUCAGCUUCAACUGUGCUAAUUUUAUGAAUUUUUCCUAUACAGGGUGUUUGGUAAGGAAUGAUAGCUUAACCUCAGAUUUCUGAGGUUAAAAUAAGUCGAUUUAAGCUAACUUACCUUAGUACAAAAGUUGAUAAUAACCGAAAUACAGGGUGUCAAAGUUAAACUUUCAUUUUAUUUAUUUUUGAAUGUUGCCUGACAGGCAUGGGACAACAACACGAAAUUUGUUAAGUGGUGCUGGUACUGUACACCCUACUAAAUUAUGUUAAACAAACGUUUCUGGCUACUAUCAGAGGCGUACGACGGGGGAACGUGAAUGGUUGACCCUUCCCAAAUUCUACGCCACUGGCGAAAUUUCUAUUUUAGUGCAAUUUUUUUAUUAUACUUUCUAUGUAAAUAACCUACUACUCUUCAUUCGUAACGAUAAAGCCAUUAGUUUUCGAGAUAUUUGAAGCUCAAAACGAAGGAGCAUAAUACAUUAAUCAAAUUAAGUGUGUCUUUUCAUUUUUAACUUCAAAUAUCUCGAAAACUAAUGACUUUAUCGUUACGAAUAAAGAGUAUAUUAUUUGCAUAGAAAGUAUUGGAAAAUCUAAAAAUUAUGCUCAAACAGCAGUUUCAUCAGUGGCGUAGAAUUUGGUAAGGGUCAACCAUUCAUUUUCCUCUGUCGUACGCCUCUGGUAUUAACCACAAACGAUUAUUUAACAUAAUUUAGUAGGGUGUACAGUACCUACACUUUCUGCCAAGUACCAUAAGGAUAUGUCAAAUAGUUUUAUGGUACCGGCCACACAUAAUUCUUAAAGUUUUAAAUGAAGAAUAAAUAAAAAAAAAGAAUACUUUAAAAUAAUUUAACAUAUCCGUGUGAUACUUGGCAGAAAGUGUAGGCACUGUACACCCUACUAAAUUAUGUUUAAUAAUCGUUUCUGGCUACUACCAGAGGCGUACGACAGGGGAAAAAGGAUUGUUGACCCUUCCCAAAUUGUACGCCCCUGAUGAAACUGCUAUUUUAGCAUAAUUUUUAGGUUCUCCAAUAUUUUCUAUGCAAAUAAUAUACUCUUCAUUCCUAACGAUAAAAUCAUUAGUUUUCGAGAUAUUUGAAGUUAAAAAUGAAAAGGCACACUUAUUUUGAUUAAUGUAUUAUGCUCCUUCGUUUUUAGCUUCAAAUAUCUCGAAAACUAAUGGCUUUAUCCUUACGAAUGAGAAGUAUGUUUUUUUACAUAGAAAGUAUUGGACAAUCAAAAAAUUGCACUAAAAUAGCAAUUCCGCCAGUACCGUAGAAUUUGGGAAGGGUCAACCAUUGCCGUUCCCCCGUCGUACGCCUCUGGUAAUAGCCAGAAACGUUUGUUUAACAUAAUUUAGUAGAUUGUACAAUACAAGCACCACUUACCAAAUUUCGUGUUGUUGUCCCAUGCCUGUCAGGAAAUAUUCAAAAAUAAAUAAAAUAAAAGUUAAACUUUGACACCCUGUAUUUCGGUUAUUAUCAACUUUUGUACUAAGGUAAGUUAGCUUAAAUCGACCUAUUUUAACCUCAGGAAUCUAAGGUUAAGCUAUGGCCCAUUCUUUACCAAACACCCUGUAUAGAUAUUUUAUUUAUAGUAUACCUAUACAGGUUGUCCCCGAAAAUAGUGCGUUCCUUAAAGGUAUAGGUAGAAGGCACAAUGUAGAGCAAAAAAGUCUUAUAAAUUUUUUUUCUAAAUUCAUCAUCCGUUUGACCAAAAAACGAAAAUACAUUCUGAUAUCGUCGGCUUACUGCCAAAACCAACCAACUCCAUUUUUAAAAGUUUUGAGAAACCUACCUUUAAACUUUAAUUUAAAAUGAAAAAUCGUCUGAAUUUAAAUAAUGAUUUAACAAUUGAAAAGUAUGACAAACAUAUUUUUCAGUUAUUAAAUAAUUUUUUUAAAUUCAGUCGAUUUUCAAUUUCAAAUUAAAGUUUAAAAGGUAGAUUUCCCAAAACUUUUAAAGUGGAGUUGGUUGGUUUUGGCAGUAAGCCGACGAUAUGCAAAUUGAAGUAUGGCAACAAAGCGCAACUCAAAAAUCUACAGAUUAAAAAAGUAGGUUUGUAGGUCAGUUGCAUAUGGUAGGUAAAAUAAUGUAAAUAUCAACCAAACCCAUAUCCAUUAUUUUACAGGUAGGUACCUACCCUGUGAACAACCCCAAGAAUCACACCUCAAAUAGUAAAUAAACAAGGGGUUUUUAGGUUAAAUUUCCACAGUCACAACAAGUUCUUCUAGACUACGUUGCCAUGUCAUUAAAAUUUAUGAAAAUAAAAAUUCACUUAUAUGGAGAACAAUGUAAUUUUUUUCUUGGAAACGGUUAACUUUAGAAAAAAAUGUUAUAGGACUUUUUUGUUAUAAAUUGUGUAUUAUAUUCAUACCUUAAAGGAACGCACUAUUUUCGGGGACACCCGGUAUUUGUACUUAUAACUAAGAAUCUUGAAUCUUUCAGUGCGUGCUACAUUCCCCUUGAUACUUGACAUUGUUGCUAUUGUAUAAAUUUCAGCAUUCCAGCGAGAAUCUUCACUCAAUUUAUUAGAUCACAAGGAUUGCUAUAAUCUAUAAAGAUGCUAUGUCGAUAUUUUGUAUGUAUCCCAGAAUUCUUAGAAUCAAAUCUGUUCUCUCUUCCUUAAUUUAAUAAAUAAUGGCAUUAUAUUCACCGUUAUUAUUUUUCAAAACUUAUUCUUGUGUUGUGAAAUUCCUCGCAUUCUCUCCUGUCAUCUACGUAGAAUUAAUUGAUCAUAUUUGUUAAUGAUAUAUUUUUGAGUUUGAGUUAGUGUAUUAAAAUGGUUUUAAAAAGUUCUAAAAUCACAGCAUUGGAAUUAAGAGGUUUAUCAAGGGAAACGCUUGGCGUUUCUACGGCGCAUGCGCUACACAGAAGGGUUGUUUUGAUUAAUUGGACUUAUCACACCAAACAUACACAUGCAGAUCUCAAUAUUUUACUUGGAAUAUUUGUGUAAAAUUAAUAUAGCCAGAUGUGACUGAGUUCGAAAAGACAUUCGUGUAUCAUGAAUUUUUAUCCCUAGAAUGAUAGGAUAUAGUUUAUUUAUAUGGAUGUGAAUUAAUUUAAAUUGUUUAAAUUAUAUUUUAUUAUUGAUUAAAACAUAUAUUUUAAAAAGUUGAGUGAGUGAACAUGGAAUCGCUAAUAACCUCAUUGUUGAAAAAUUAUUGAGACUAUUUUAUUUGAAUGUAUUAAUUUUAGAUGUAACUGUGUUCGUUCAAUAAUUUUUCAAAGUAAUUGCAUUUUGAAUUACCAAAUGUUUUAUAAGUUAAUUGUAUAUUUUUAAUUAUUGAGGAGGCCCUAUUUAUAUUGUAAAAUAUAGUGAGUGGCCGUUAUCUCACUUGUAUAAAGUAAUGUACAUACAAAUAGAUAAAUAUGUUUUGAUAUUUA